CGUUUUGUUGUUGUUGUUGUUUUGUUUGGUGUUCAUUUGGAUUCCAUUCCAUACAUGAGGUUGAGUUCAAUUUUCUUUUAUCGGUUUAAAAUAUUAAUAAAUUCCGGAUCGGCGGUAACCAAGGAGCAACGUCGAAUGCAGAAUCAAAGCUCGUGAUUUGUGGAAGAAGAUGAGUCAGAGACUUGGCCUUCAUUGAAGUCCAUCAAAAUCAGCUUCACAUUAUCAAUGGAAGCUCAAAGAAGUGCGGUAUCAAUCUUCUUGUUAGCUGUAAUCUUGUUCUUGAUCCAGUGCGCGGUAGCUCAGAAAGUUCGGCUAAGUUCUCCAAUCGAACGGCGGGCAAUGCUGGAUCUCCGCGCAUCUCUAGGUCUCCGAGGCAGAGAUUGGCCCAUCAAGGCCGACCCUUGCUCGUCGUGGCUCGGUGUCGAAUGUCGAAACCACUCCGUCUUGAACAUCACUGUUUCCGGUUUAAGAAGAACCAGAGUUGGACGGCUCAAUCCCAAAUUCAGUGUUGAUUCUUUGGUUAAUUUGACUCGGUUAGUUUCCUUUAAUGCUUCCGGGUUCCCACUUCCCGGGCCAAUACCGGAUUGGUUCGGAAGCCGGUUGGCUAAUCUCGAGGUUCUUGAUCUCCGGUCAUGUAAUCUUGCUGGUUCAAUUCCUGCUACAUUGGGACAGUUAAGGAAAUUGAAAAUUCUUGAUCUUUCUAUUAAUUCGCUCACUGGUUCAAUUCCUUCAAGCUUUAGGUCUUUAGGAAACAUUGAAAGUCUUCAACUUGCUUCGAAUUACUUAUCUGGGUCAAUUCCACCUAGUUUAGGCUCUUUACAAGGUCUUCAAGUUUUUAAUGUUUCAGAUAAUAAUCUUUCUGGUUCAAUUCCUAUUCAGUUUGGUAAUCUUUCAAGGUUGGUUGAGCUUGAUCUUAGUAAGAAUUCUUUGUAUGGUUCGAUGCCUGAGGAAUUAAAGAUGUUAAGGAGAUUAAGGAAGAUGAUAAUGGAGGGUAAUGAGCUCGAGGGACAUCUGCCGAUUGAUUUGUUGUCAAAUCUUGUUGAGUUGCAAGUUGUGGAUUUGAAUAGGAAUAAGCUUUAUGGUGAUCUUAGUGGUGCAAUUUGGUCAAUGCCUAAGUUACAGUCCCUUGAUGUAUCAAGCAACAAAUUUACAGGUCCUUUUACGGUCCUCCAUUCUAAUUCUAGUGUUGCCUCGGCUGCCGUGUACAAUCUGUCGAACAAUUUCUUUUAUGGAGCUUUGAAUUUUUCACUUGGGAUGUUCAAGUUCAUUGAUCUCUCUAGCAACUAUUUUCAAGGUAAUGGUGUUCAUGGCAUCGAAAGGAAUGCUAGUGUCGACAACAAUUGCCUUCAGGCUGUGAAACAAAGGAGUUUGGAGGACUGUAGACUGUUUUACAGUGAAAGAGGUCUAAGUUUUGAUAAUUUUGGAGCACCGGACCGAGCAACACCACCUCCUCCAGAAUCUAGUUCAAAGAGCAGGAAGAGAUUGAUAUUCAUCUUGGCUGGAGUAAUCAGCGGACUUGGUUUCAUUGUAAUUUUGGUUCUGGUGAUUGUACGCAUCUUGAGACGUAAUAAAGGCAUCGGAAAUCAAAGUGGGAGUGCGGAUAUUGGGCCUGUUCCAGAAGGAGAUAAUCCUCAACUUCCAAAAGAUGCUACAAACUUAGCUGGUUCUGGAGAUCCAUUUACAUAUGAGCAAUUGCUCCUGGCAACUAAUAAUUUUCACGAGACGAAUCUUAUUAAGCAAGGUCACUCAGGCGACCUAUUUCGCGGCAUCUUGGAAGGUGGAGUCCAAGUGGUCAUCAAAAGGGCCAAUUUGAGUUCUUUCAAGAAAGAAUCUUACAUGAUGGAAUUGGAUUUAUUUAGAAAGCUUUCUCACCCCAGAUUUGUUCCGCUCUUGGGGCGCUGCUUGGAACAUGAAACUGACAAGCUUUUGGUAUACAAAUAUAUGCCGAAUGGAGAUUUAGCCAAUUCCUUUUACAGGGCUACCGAUUCGGAUGAUGAUACCUUACAAUCACUGGAUUGGAUUACAAGGUUAAAAAUAGCUACUGGAGCUGCUGAAGGCCUAUUCCACUUGCACCAUGAAUGUAACCCUUCCCUUGUUCACAGUGAUAUUCAAGCAAGCAGUAUUCUUCUUGAUGAUAAAUUCGAAGUGAGACUCGGAAGCUUGAGUGAAGUUCGUGUCCAGGAAGGAGAUACACACCAAAAUGUUCUCAGACGAUUGCUCUGGAAACCACAGACCUCCGAUUCUGGCAAUUCGGGUUCAGGCUCUUCAUCGACUAAUUGUGCUUAUGACGUGUACUGUUUCGGGAAGGUGUUACUCGAGCUCCUAACAGGCAAGCCUGGUAUUGGUAAAGCAGAAGAUUCAUCUACAAAGGAGUGGUUUGAGCAAACCUUGCCUUGCAUCAGUAUAUAUGAAAAGGAAUUGGUGACUAAGAUCAUGGAUCCAUCUUUGAUAGUAGAUGAAGAUCUAUUAGAGGAGGUAUGGGCCAUGGCAAUUGUAGCAAGGUCAUGCCUUAACCCGAAGCCUUCUAAAAGACCCUCGAUGAAACAUAUUCUCAAAGCAUUGGAAAACCCUUCGAAAGUAGUAAGGGAUGAGAGUUUCAGCUCUGGGAGGCUACGAACAACAUCAUCUAGGCGAUCUUGGGGUUCUGCCUUCUUUGGUAGUUGGCGACAGAGCUCAUCGGAGAGUGCAACCAUUCCAGGCCACCAAAACAGAGAGGGUUUUAGUGGUUUUUGGCAGUCAGGUAGAGUAGGUUCUCAUUGCAGUGAGGGAAUUGAACACUCGCCGUCACAUAAAAGGUUGUCAAAUGAAGUUUUCCCCGAACCAGAAACGCAAGACACCGAAUCUUUAGAUGAGAACUAACUGAAAAGAGUGUUAGCUGUUAAUCCCAACUGUUUUGAGUGCCUGCUCAAUCAUUGUAUCCCAACAGUUUUUCUCUAAUUGUGCACCCUUUGAGCUCUAAAGCUAUUUCAAAGGGAAGCUACUGGCCAGAAGGCGAUCCAAUCUAAGACAUGAAGAAAAGAUCGAGAGUCCCUAUUGUAUCCAGCAAGAUUCUUUCAAAUUUUCAAAACUCAAAAGCAGUCAAA